AUGGAAACAAAGGUUUGCUUUAUCAAAGAAGCUAACCUGCAUUUAAUAUUUGGAAUCGUAUACUUCCUUGCAUCUCUAACAGCGUCGAUUGGAAAUGGGUUCAUGCUUUACAUCGCAAGAAGAGAUCCACUCAAACUUUUUAACAAACCCACAAACGUACUCAACGUUUCAAUUGGGUUAAACCAUCUUAUCGCAAGUCUUUUUGUCCUUCCAAUUCUUGGAACCAAUAGCGUUCUGCAGAGUCAGGAGAUAGUGAAUGGAGUAGCUGAACUGUUCCAAGAUGUUAUGGUUCAUUUUGUUGUCACAAAUGCAUCUGUGUUGCUUCUGGUUCUGUUCCUUGAGCGUUACACAGCAUUUGUGUAUCCUUUCCUGAAUCGUAAAAACGCUACGAUCGAAAGAGCGAAACAAAUCUGCUCCUCAGUAACUGCAACUUGCUUUUUCUUCUCCUGUAUUUUGUUCACAGGAGUCUCCGAAGAUAUAUUUUACGAUAUAAGUCUUCCCGUAUUCAUACUGUUACCUUGCACGGUAAUGACAGUUAUGUUGGCAAUCAGCUUUUGCUUGCUAAGGCGUCGAACCCGGGUUGCCCAAGACAUCACACAUGAUUCACAGAUACGAGUUAUAAACCCAAACAGGUCAAAACGAAAUUUACAACUUCGGCAGUAUUUGAAAGCAGCAACAAAAGGAACAAUUUUGACAGUUCUACCCAUGGUAUUUUACUGCGUGGUAAAAAUUUUAGGUUAUAGUAAAUUAGAGUUUUCCUCAACAUCAUGCUAUGAUCUUUUAGAACACAUGUCAUUUAUAGUUUUUUUCUUAGUAGCAGUAAUGAAUCCUGUAAUUGUUUUUCUGAAAAUUCCCGUGUACAAACGAUCAAUGAGGCAUCUUUGGGACCGAAGAAAAGGCCUUCGUUAA